CACAGAUUCGACAAGGCACUAUAAAUUUAAGAGAGAGUUCUUCACUUGUGACAGCUGUUACCUAGUUAUAUAUUGUAACCUGUUCCAGCCAUGGCGAGUAACACUACAGCUGCAAUAGUAUGUGAAAGGUCCACAGUACCUUGGUAAGGUGGUUACCUGUCGACAUAGAAAUUCACAAUGACAGUUUUAAACUUCUCUCUAACAACAAGGAUUAAUGAUGUGUAAUGCAAAAUCGAUAAUCAAUGUUAAAUGACACUUAGAGCCAUAUCGGUAAAUACCGAACCAAGACUAUAUGUUUAUAUAGAUACCAACAAGGACAUUGGAUUACUAGCAUUACGUGUUGGGAAGACCCGUUUGGGAGAUCGAACGUCGGCACAGAGUGAGUUUGAAACAAUUUGCUUUCAUAUACCAAGGUAGUCAAGAAAAGUAGGAAAUUACGGAGGAAGGAAGACGAAUGUUGGCAUAAAGUCAGUUUGAAACAAUUUACUGAAAUACAAACAAGGAAAGGCAGGGAAGAGAAAAAGAUAGGAGUGAUGUCAUGAACGUUCUGGAUAUGAAUAGAUGUGUUGAAAUCCAAAAUGUGUGUUUCUGCUGGCCCAUUCUAAGUUUUAUUAUAUAGAACUUCCUAGGCGAGAAACUCACACAGAAUCAUUAUGAACCGCGAACAGAAGAAACGAAUCACACAAAAUAUCACUUGUUUGAAGGAGAGACUGGUUGAUCUUGACCCAAUCAUCGACAUCUUAAUAGAGAGAGAUGUUUUGACGAUGGAACACAGGAACCGGAUUGAGCAGAUAGCUUGCCCAACCUCCCAUCGGAAGUUUAAUGAGUUCAUGUCAGUUCUGUUAGCCUCGCCCGAUCCCAAUGCUUACUAUGUGUUGAUUGAAGCUCUACAAACGGAGAGGCAUUUCUUCCUCGUGGACAAACUACAAAACACAGUGGUUAAAGAAAGUCCGUACAAUGCCACUAGGACCCAUACCUAUACACCCGGAAGUCGUGAGACGGGGGCUACUAGUCGUCAGUCGGCCUCUCGUCACCAGACGAGAAAUGUAAGUGAUGGCGCCGGGGCCUCUGGGAUACAUCGUGCUCCUAAUAUGGUCCAACAAGACUUGUCAUAUCAGAUGAGCAACGUACUGGCAGAAUUUUGUGAAAAGAUGACAGAAAACUUUGCUGUACAGUUGCAGAAAGAGCGUCGCCAUCAUCAGGAAGACAUGGACAAGCGAAUAGAGGAGAAGUUUACCGUGUUUCAGAAAGAUUGGUGUGAUCAGAAGGAAGAAAUUCUUCAGAGGAAUGAAGACGCCAUUAACCAUCUCCAGGAGUGUGUGGAUAAACUUCAUCAGUCCAACGUCGAGUAUCAACGUCUGAGGGAGAAAUACGACAAGUUGAAAUCCCUGCAGCGAGAUAUGAGAGAUAAGGAGAACGAACGAUGGAAUAAACUCACAAAAUCUAACAUGGACAAUGUGCUAUUACGUAAAGAAAACGACGAGUUACGUCGCAGAAUCACGGGUCUUCAGGACCAGGUUCUGGAUUUAAAUGGUGAAAUUCGAGUUGCCAAGGACAACGAAAAUCAAGAUAGGACAGAAAUUGAACGAUUGACUGUGGAGAACAAGAAACUGGAACAGGAACUGGAAGAUAAGGGGAGAGAAGCGGACACAUUGAAACGAGAAGCAGAGGAGGCAUAUUCCAAAAUUCAUACAGAUAUGAGGACGCAAAGAAAUUCAUACAGCUCAGAGGAAAAUGACUACAAAGAGGCACUGGAGAGGCAAAACACAAAGUUAGAUGCAAUAUUUGCAGUCAUGGAUGAGUUGAAAUCUACGGAUAAAGUGACCGCGCAGAAAAUCAUUGUUCCGCGUACAGUGACAAUUGGUGGGAGUCUGCCCCAUAGAAGCCAGAAGACAACCAAGAAGUAGAAUUUCGCACGAAAGACACACACGGGAAAACCUUCAGGCAAAUGUGUCAUGAGUUAAUUUUCUUUUGGAAUUAAAUAUGAAAUUAUUUCACGUUUAAUGCAUUGGACUCUCUCAAAUCUUCCAACAACUCCGUCCACCUGUGCUAUUAUUUACUAAACGUGUGUAUUUAAUCUGUGAUGGGAUUAGAAAAUAUAUCAAUGACGUUUUUUUCAUGUAUAUUACUAACAGAUUGUGCUCAUACCAUUGAUAAAAGUGUAGACUUCCGAUAAGUCAUUAGGAUGGUUAUCUUUCCCUCGGCGUCAUUGGUGUACAAUUGAGUCAUUAUUUUACUAUUUACUGACCUGAAACUGCGUUGAAAUGGUGAUAUGAAAGUCGGUUAUCAUCCUUACGUCAUACGAUUUAACAUAACGUAUUGUUUGUUAUGUUUGGUUUUUGGACAUGUAUUUGUUUUGAAGUUGCUUUUGUUUGGAAUUGUACAAUGAAUGUUUUGAGAAAACAAUAAACGUUUGU